GGCCAUGGACACGAACUCUUUUCAGGAUAGAUAUAGUUCAUUGAGCUCUACAAGAUGCGUCUAUUCUUGACUCGAAAGCGAUUCGACAGUUGGAUAUGUUCCUUCGUCAAUUCUAUCUAUGGUAAAAGUAUAAACCCAAAUGGUUGAGAUUUAAAUAGUUUUCAUCUGGGUGCAGGACUUUUUACGACCACUGUAAUAUGCUUCGCUGCAUUUUAAAUAAUUAAUGCGGUGCGAAGCAGAGCAUUUAUGUAGUCCUUCGCGUAUUUUUUUCUUUUUUUCUUACUUACUUGACGUACGCAUCAAAAGUAGUCAUUUUGUGUCGCGAUGAUCUCGAGAACGGAAAAACAGAAAAAAAAAGUUUAAACGCGAGAUGAAAGUGUCAAGAUCAAAUCGUUGAAAUUCGUUUUUCUUUUUUUACUAGAACGUAUCAUUGAAUAAUAAAUAAUUUAGAAAAAAGACGAAUUUGAAAGAUUUUAUAUACGAGAUAAUUAAAAGAUACCAAGAAAAGUUAGCCGCAAGUCUCUUCGUUCAAUCAAAGCGAUUCUUUACAGCUGUAACUCAGCUGAUAAUAAUAAAGUGAUCGCAAAGAUAAUUAAUGAAUUAAUGUAAAUAUCUGACAUCUAGAAAAAAAAUUGUCUCUAAGUUCUUAUGGAGGUUUCAUAGUUAUUUAUGACAAUAUGUCUAUCCAACCUAAUUAGAUUACUAGAAAAAAAAUUGUUUUUCCUUAUAAUUUUCUGUUGAAAAUAUUUGAAUUUCGUUUUUUAAUAUUUUUAAUAAUAUGUAUUCAUUUCAUUUUAGAUUUUUACAUCGUAAUUUAUAUCAAACAAAAAAUAAAAUAUUAAAACAAAUCAUUUAAAGGAAAUUACUUAUAUUAUUAACUUUCGAAUAUUUGUUGUCAAGUGUCAAGUUUAUCUUCAUCAAGUGUUGGUUCGAAAAUUUGUUACCAAGUGUCGAGUUUAUCUUCAUCAAGUGUUGAAGAAGAUUCAGCACGAAAGAAACUUUUCUUUUAAUUCAUAAAUAAUAAAAUAAUAAAAAAAAACAUCAUUCAAAGAAAGUCGCCUAGUUUUUUGACUUUCUAAAGUUUCUUGCUUAUUGACGAGUUUAUCUUCGCCUAUUUUCAAAGAAGUUUUAACUCAAAAGAAACUUUUCUUUUAAAUCAAUAAUAAUAAAAUAAUUAAAAAAAAACAUAAUUUAAAGAAAGUCGCCUAAUUUUUUGACUUUCUAAAGUUUCUUGCUUAUUGACGAGUUUAUCUUCGCUUAGUUUUAAAGAAGAUAUAACUUGAAAGAAACUUUUUAUUUGAAUUAUCUCACCAAGUAAACAGAUAUUCAAGUUUCUCACUAAGGAGAUUAAGACGCAUUUUGUUUAUAUACGAUCUUAUUCUCAUAUAGAAACUAUCACCGUUGUAGACAUCAACGAUUUUCUUUCGUCACAUUUUAUUAGAACUAAAAUGGUUCGUAAAAAAUCAACAGCAGCUAAAGCAAGAACACGUAAAAGAGCUUAUGAACGAAAAAAAAGUCAAGAUUGUGUUAGUCGUUCGUGGCGCAUAUUACUUUUAAUUGUAACAGCUGUUAAUAAAUUUUUACGUUUUAGACGUUGUGAUAUUGCACUUGCUUGUUCAACGUCUGAUUUAAACACUUCACAAUCAAAUAAAAUAUUUUUGAAUAAUGUUAGUUUUGUUCAGAAAGAUAUAGAAUUUACAUUUGUCAAUAAAACUGAUGCUACAAAUCAUUUAGAAGAUUUGAAUAUUAUUCAGGCUACUAUAAAAAGUCUGGUUUCAAAACUUGAAGUCAGUGAAAUUCCAUCUGAAUUAAAACAAUUGAAUAAUCUUGAAAAACAUUUGAUUGCUCUCCGAUUACCAUUUUUGAAAAUUGUAAAUCUAACAUCAGGUAAAUUAUCAAGUAGAUUAGCACAAAAAGGUACUAAAGGACCACUUCAUUGUGUACCAUCUGAUGUACAAGAUACUGUAACCACAUUGCCUCGUCCAGUUGAUAAAUCUAUGAUGGUUCGAUUGCAAUUAAAACGACGAUUAAAAUAUAAAGCUAUAUGGGAAGAACAAUUAAUAAACCCAAAUGAUGUAAGAGAUGCACUUUUUGUUUUAACUAAAAUGCAUCCAGCCUAUAAAAAUAUAAAGAUAAAUGAAAUUCAUGAAAAUUAUCUUACAUCUGAUCAAGUAAAAAAUGACGAAAAUAAUAAUGAAUCAGUAGUUGAACCAAUGCAUGUUGAUACAAUUUCAGAAGAAAAUAUCAUUGAAGAAACACAAUUAUCUAACGAAAAUCGUAUGAAAGCAUUAGCAUUGGGUGAUGUUGAUAAUACUAUUAAUAGUGAUGAAGAAAUCGAUGAAGAUGAUAAAGAUAUUCGCACUAAAUAUAAUAUUGGUACAGAUUCAUGUACUCAACCAUGUGAUUUUAAUGAUUUUUUAGUCUUCGAUAAAGAUCCAUAUGUAGUGGCACCAGCAGAAAAAAAUAAAUUGAGUUCAUUGUUAACAGAUAAAACAAUUGAAGCUUUAGCUUUUCCUCAUUUAUUUCCAGAUGGACAAGGCUCAUACGAUGAAGAACGUGAAACAAAUCUACAAUGGAAAGAAUAUUGUAAAGCACGUUUGUUUUCAUCAGAUUCUCGCUUUGCUGCAGAUUCAAGUUAUAUUUUUUAUCUACAGUAUUUAGGCGAUUUAAAACAAGUGUACUCCGGAAUUAAUAUUGCUUUCCGAAAAAAGUUACCAUUGAGUGCCAAACAAAGUUUGGAUGAAAUGCAAAUGAAAUUUCUAAUGAAUAAAGAUAUGAUAUAUCGUCAUUUUCAAUCUGUCCGAGGUAGUCCACAGUAUUGGCAUCAACGACUAAAAGAUUUAUUCGGAAUGACACGUCAAUU